AUCGGUUUGAUGAGCUACCUGGUGUAGAUUAUGUCAGAGUCACAAUGAACUUGCAUAAUAACAAUACAACUUUGCCAUUGUUGCCAAACAUCAGCUCUUUCUGGACACCUGGCUCCCCAGAUGCAGGGCUGCCCCCAGGAACAGCCACUCAUUUUGGCAGUUACAACAUUUCUGGAGCAGCUGGGAAUUUCUCUCCGCCAAAUGGCACCAUCAGUGACCCUCUGGGAGGUCAUACCAUCUGGCAGGUGGUCUUCAUUGCAUUCUUAACAGGUGUCCUGGCCCUGGUGACCAUCAUUGGCAAUAUCCUAGUGAUAGUGGCAUUUAAGGUCAACAAGCAGCUGAAGACUGUCAAUAACUACUUCCUCUUAAGCCUGGCCUGUGCUGAUCUGAUUAUUGGGGUCAUUUCAAUGAAUCUGUUUACUACCUACAUCAUUAUGAAUCGAUGGGCUCUAGGGAACCUGGCCUGUGACCUCUGGCUUUCCAUUGACUAUGUGGCUAGCAACGCCUCGGUUAUGAAUCUCCUGGUGAUUAGCUUUGACAGGUACUUUUCCAUCACAAGGCCACUCACAUACCGGGCCAAAAGAACAACCAAAAGGGCUGGCAUGAUGAUAGGUCUGGCUUGGGUCAUAUCCUUCAUCCUGUGGGCUCCGGCCAUCUUGUUCUGGCAGUACUUUGUUGGGAAGAGAACUGUGCCCCCAGGAGAAUGCUUCAUUCAGUUUCUCAGUGAGCCCACCAUUACCUUUGGCACGGCCAUCGCUGCCUUUUAUAUGCCUGUCACCAUUAUGACUAUUUUAUACUGGAGGAUCUAUAAGGAAACCGAAAAACGUACCAAAGAGCUGGCUGGACUGCAAGCCUCUGGGACAGAAGCAGAGGCAGAAAACUUUGUCCAAACCACAGGCAGUUCUCGAAGCUGCAGCAGCUAUGAACUGCAACAACAAAGCGUGAAGCGCUCAGCCGGGAGGAAGUACGGCUGCUGCGACUUCUGGUUCCCAGCCAAGCCCUGGAAGCCCAGUGCCGAGCACAUAGACCAAGACCACAGCAGCAGCGACAGCUGGAACAACAACGACGCUGCCGCCUCCCUGGAGAACUCGGCGUCCUCUGAUGAGGACGACAUUGGCUCAGAGACCAGAGCCAUCUACUCCAUCGUGCUCAAGCUUCCAGGUCACAGCACCAUCCUAAACUCCACCAAGUUACCCUCAUCAGACAGCCUGAAGGUGCCCGAUGAAGAGCCGGGGACAGCGGACUUGGAGAGGACAGCCAGCAAGCUGCAGGCCCAGAAGAGCACAGAUGACGGAGGCGGAUUUCAAGAAAGUUUCUCCAGGCUUCCCAUCCAGUUAGAGUCGGCCGUGGACACAGCCAAGACCUCUGACACCAACUCGUCAGUGGAUAAGACCACGGCCACUCGGCCUCUGUCCUCCAAGGAAGCCACUCUGGCCAAGAGGUUUGCCCUGAAGACCAGAAGCCAGAUCACCAAGCGGAAACGGAUGUCGCUCAUCAAGGAGAGGAAGGCGGCGCAGACGCUCAGCGCCAUCCUGCUCGCCUUCAUCGUCACCUGGACGCCCUACAACAUCAUGGUCCUGGUGAACACCUUCUGCAACAGCUGCAUUCCCAAGACCUACUGGAACCUGGGCUACUGGCUCUGCUACAUCAACAGCACCGUGAACCCCGUGUGCUAUGCCCUGUGCAACAAGACCUUCCGGACCACCUUCAAGGCGCUGCUGCUGUGCCAGGGCGGCCGGCGGAGGCGGCGCCGGCAGCAGCUCCAGCAGAGACAGUCGGUGACCUUCCCCCGGCGCGUGCCCGGGCAGGACUUGUAG